AUGCCUCCGCGCUUCGCGCUGCGGCGUCGUGUGUGCCUAUCUGACCUGGCACGCACGCUGUCAACUUCAUCGCAACCGACACGCAAGUCGCCAGCUCGUAUCGCUGCAUCGAGCCGUGGCUCUUCCUCGAAUAGCCCGACGGACGCGUACAAACGACAACGGCGCACAGAGUGGGUCAUUGUCGGUGUAGCUGGAUCUGCCGCGGCCUUUGGAACGUGGUACUACUGGGCUAAUAUGCGCUCUCGACCUACAUCCGAUUCUCGAGCUCGCCGGUUCUCUAUGAGCGCCAAGUCUUCUUCGUUUACCAUUCCUGCGGUAUCGAAGGAGCCGGGGCAGAACCCUUACAAGGUCAUUACACCACUCACACCUGAUCAGGUGGAUAUUCGCUUGCGUGAAAAUGAACGCAGCACACGUGUCGAUCGUCCGGCAGGCGCGUGCCUUGUGGCGCGGUACGAUACAAACAGCGUUGCAAGCAACAACCCGAUUGAGGACAAACAUGCUGAAGUCAUUGUCGAGCGUGAUCGCGGUAUUCAUGAGCCCAAAGCUGAGCGCACUGCUUCAGCAGAGGGACUGACUCAUGGCGAUCUCUGUUUCUUCACGGUGAUGGAUGGCCAUGGCGGUGAGUAUACGUCACAUGUUCUUUCGCGCAAGCUGAUUGCCUUUGUGGCUUUGGAGUUGGAUAAGGUGUUCAAGGAGACGGGCGAGUACGCCAAGAUGGCGCGUUCCAAGAUGCCCCUCUCUUCGUCUGUUUGGCGCUCGUUGUUUAGCGGCUCCACCACAGAGAACAGCCAUCGUCUUGCUUCAGCCGCGUUGGAUGGUGAUCCUGAAAUUGUGAAGCGCGCUCUCGUCAAGGGCUUCCGCGGGCUUGACAAGGAGAUUGUGAAUACACCUCUUGAGCUGCUGAAGCAGUACGAACUAAGCCUUGCAACUCUGUCGAAAGACAAGGCAGGGUCUGAUACCAAUUCAUUGUCGACACUGGCUCACAGCAUAUGGCCAUCCAGCUUGAACGGCUCUAAUUCAUCAACAUUCCCUACUAUAUCACAAGCUACGGCUUAUGAGAGUAUUUUGCCAGCAUUGAGCGGUAGUUGUGCUUUGAUGGUGUAUGUCGACAGUGCACGUCGCGAUUUGUAUGUUGCAUCUACGGGUGACUCUCGCGCUGUAGCUGGUUACUGGGACGAGCGUGCCGGCCGCUGGGAAGUGGAAGCGCUGAGCAUCGAUCAGACAGGUCGGAAUCCCUCCGAAGUGAAGCGUAUUCAACGUGAACAUCCAGCGGACGAAGCGCCGUUUGUCAUCCAGCGUGGUCGUGUCCUAGGCGGUUUGGAGCCUACGCGUGCCUUUGGCGAUGCUCGCUACAAAUGGGACCGAACGACGCAGGACCGCAUUGCUGAGGCGUUCCUUCCGUCGGGUGGCUACCGAAAGCCGCCUCGGCUUCUCAAGACACCACCCUAUGUCACUGCGGAACCAGUGGUCGAAUGGCGUCAUGUGAAUAUUCCGUCAGACUCCACACCAAGCACAGGUUCCUCCGAGGGUCUGGCUAGCUCGCUGACCGCUGGACCUCUGUCCUCAUCGUCGUCAACCCGAGAGUUGCGCUUUAUUAUCAUGGCUACCGAUGGUCUAUGGGACCUACUUUCCAACGAGGAGGCUGUUGGUCUUGUGGCUGGUCACCUGGCCGGCAUGCGUGGAGCCAUCAGUGCCAACGAUUUGCAGCGCCGAUGCUUCCAGCCUUCUGCAACUAUUGCCUCCAACGCUGCAACGUCUACGACUGAGACCCAACCGCCUGUGGGUGUGCAUCAUCCGCUACUCAAGGCGCAAAACCAGCAGUUUACGUUCGAAGAUGAUAACCUUAGCACACACCUUGUGCGCAACGCACUAGGUGGUGCAGCUCAUGAGCGUGUCGGUGGUCUUCUUGCCAUUCCAAGCCCAGAAUCUCGUCGUUACCGUGAUGAUAUUACUGUCAAUGUUAUUCUUUUCCAUUCUGCCAAGCAGACACCUGCACAGGAGGCCGAGUCGUCGACGUCGACCAUUGCGGCAAAACUAUAG